AAAUAGGAUUUAUCAAAACUAUUUUCUACGAUGGCUGAGUAUUUGCGGCGCGAGCUUCUACUGCUUCAAGGGCAAGAAGCUUCCAGAGCGGAUGCCAAUUGGCUGGAAACGUCCGAGGCUCGCACUGCCUACCUUACGCAACAGUGUAUUCUAGAGGAGAUUUCUGCUGUCUCCUUGAGCAGGGAGCUGUCCUUGCCGGAGAAUGUUGGAAAGGAGAACGGUGAUUUGGAUGGAGCUUUCCGCUCCGACGGCUUGUUUGGGCUAGAUGAUGGAUGCAAUGUGUCUGACCAAGAUCGGGCGCAAUGCGAGGGCGUCAUGAUGGAGGUUUCCAACGCGCUCAUUGCGCGUGUGAAGCGGUGGCAGGAGCGCAUUCCGCAGCUCGCAGGUGGUUCGGGUGGGAGGCUCGAAUUCGGCCGCGGCUCGAAAGUUAGCAGUGCGCUGGUAGCUGAGACGGAGGCACUUCAAGCGAUGCUCGAAGCCACCAAGGCUCACCUGGCCCUGAUCGACCGUAUGAAGGACGGCAUAGAGGAAGGCAUCCUCAACAAGCAGGACAAGAUCGAUAAGACGGAGUUCAUGCUGGCCAUCACUCGCGCCAAGGCUGCAAUCUUGAAGCUCCAGUCUCUCGAGUACCAUUUCCUGUCGGCUACGUACAAGGCUGAGGACGUCGUGGCGCUGAACAAAAUUUGGGAUGAGCUGACGACUCGCAUUCAGAGCCUGCGGACCCAGCUUUCGGAUGCACAGAAACGGCUUGCUGUUUUCCGUGGCCUGGGCCCCGCCUUCCACGACCAGCUAGCCCAGUUCCGGGACGUGCAGCGUCGGCUGCUGGACGCGCAGUACAUGCUCGAGAACUUCAACAAGAUCAACAGCGAGCUGGAGGACGGCGCGGUCGACAUGAUCCUGAUGGGGGGAGGGUCACACCUGGACCACGAUGACGGCGGCUUCGUUGUAUACUAG